GAGGAGCUCUCUGUUGCUUUUAAUCCCUUUUACCUCAGAGCAGGCAGAGUGAGUUGGGAGUUCUCUCUGCUGGCCCGUGUGCUCUGAGUGGCACAUCUCAUCGCGUUUCCUCAGUUGCUAAAUAAAUAACGGGCACAGAUGGCGGAUCAGGUGGCCUGAGCUGACAGUGUGAGCUGGAAUGGUUGCCAUGGCCACCUGGGAGGCACAAUGAAGAUGACACAUCAAAACACUGGGGCUGUCACAUUAGGGCGGACAGGUGCCCUGGCACACAUGGAUCCUUCAGAAGAGUGGCAAAGGGUCUCUGCGUGGAGGCAAUAACUGGAUACUCAACUUGCAUCACACAGAACUAAUGAACCCCAAAUUGGCAAUGCCUGCUGGAUCCCCUACUCUGGUGAUGAUUUAUCCUUUUUCUUCUUCUUCUUCUCCUCCUCCUUCAUGUCCUGCCCUCCUGCCUCGGCUCUUUGACCGCUGGUCAGUAGAAUGUAUGUUAUGAACUGUCUGUCCUUGCUCAGCGAGCCGAUACACUGCGAUGGUGAGCGGACAGAAACCGUAUUGAUGCCUGGACAUCCCUCUGUCUCGGAAACUUCCAUCGGAGUCGCCCCUCCUCCAUCUUCUACUCCUUCCACUCCACUACAUCUGCCUCCACCGCCACCUCUUCCACCCCCAUCCCCCGGGAUCCCCCCUCCCCCACCUCCACCCGGGAUCCCUCCACCUCCGCCCCCUCCGUUGCUUCCCCCUGGUCAGGGAAGGCCAGACACAGGUCAGUUCAAGAAGAGGAGGGUGCGGAGCUUCUUCUGGAAGACAAUUCCUGAAGAGAAAGUGCGAGGCAAGCCCAACAUCUGGACUUUGGCCUCUCGCCGGCCUCAUUACCAAAUCGAUGUGCGCACCAUUGAAGAGCUUUUCGGGCAUCAAGAGGACAGCAAAGUUGUUGGCAUUUCAUCGGGACAGGGAUCCCGUGGCUCCUGGACGGCCUUACAGAAUGGGAAGGAAGAGGUCAGUAUUCUGGACUCCAAGAGAAGCAUGAAUGUUGGCAUUUUACUGAAGCAGCUCAAGAAGUCAAGUGAGUGCAUUAUUGAAGAUAUCCGUCUGGGAAGAAGCGAGCAGUAUGGGGCAGACACUUUGAAGGAAUUACUGAAGUCACUUCCUGAGGCUACAGAGGUGAAGAGUUUGCAAGCAUUUAAGGGAGACGUCAGCAAGCUGACCUUGGCAGACUCUUUCAUAUAUCACCUGAUCCAAGUGCCAAGCUUUGCUCUGCGUAUUGAAGCCAUGGUGCUGAAAGAAGAAUUUCUCCCUAGCUUCUCUUCCCUGCAGAAUGACAUCAGUGUUAUACGUGCGGCCAUUAAAGAGCUCAUGUCCUGUGAGGAGCUCCAUGCCGUUCUGCACCUGGUCCUUCAGGCAGGGAACAUCAUGAAUUCAGGAGGAUACGCUGGCAAUGCUGUUGGCUUCAAGCUGUCAUCCUUACUGAAACUGGCAGAUACCAAAGCAAACAAACCUGGCAUGAACCUGCUGCACUUUGUGGCCCUGGAGUCCCAGAAGAGAGAGGAGAACCUCUUAGGUUUUCCUCAGAAGCUGCUCCAUGUUCAGAACGCUGCCAGAAUUUCGGUGGAAAACAUAGAAGCUGAGUUCCAAUCAUUGUCCUCCAGAACCAAAUCAAUAGAAAAGCAGAUAAAAGAGGACACCGAGCUCCUGCGGCAGACGGAGGUGUUUAUCCAGAGUGCCGCCAAGACCCUGGAGGAACUGGAACGUCAAAUGAAGACUAUGCAGAUGGAGGGAGCUGUGCUCAUUGACUUCUUUUGCGAAGAUAAAGACACCAUGAAGCUGGACGAAUGCUUCAGAAUAUUCCAGGACUUCUGCCUCCGAUUUAACAAGGCAGUUAAGGACAACUGGGAAUGGGAAAUGAAGGAAAUCGCACGGCAGAAGCGACUGAGAGAACUGGAAGAGAAGCGUCACUCCUGGGCUGCGGGUGAACGGAGCAGCUGCUUUGGUCGGAGCAGUAGUGAAAACGAUGUGCAGAUGCUCACAAAGGAAGGACUUCUCGACUUUCUACAGCAACGGUCUCAGAGUCCUCUUUCACGUACUUCCAGCGUGAGGCGCUCCAGGCAUUCACUUGCUGCGAUGGCAGACAGAGAGCUGCAAAGUUUCCUUGAAGUCUCCACUUCCCAGGAGCCAAUUCGAUUCAACAGCCUUCCCCGGUCACGUGGGCAUCAUUCAAGGAAGAGCAUUCCAUGGCUAGAUUAUAAAAACGACAAUCGAGAAAUGGCAGGUCAGUUCAGCCCAAACUUAAAUAGAAACCAAACAGCUGACCAUUGGAAAAAGAAGGAAAAUGAACUUCAAAUUCCCUCUGUUAGUUACGGCAAGGAAAGGAAGACUGACGAAGAUGCAUGUGGAAACAAUAACCAACAAGCUGUUACUGUCAAUAGCUGGCAGCAAGGCAGAAACAGCUCCCAAAAGACAACAGCUCCCAACUGCAGCCAAAUGAACGUCACUGUGGAAAGACACACUUUAGUCACAGGGCUUCAAGCGUUUGACAUGAUGUCACUGCCCAAUGAUAACAAUAACUGCUUAAGGAACCAUAGGAUUGCAGACCUUGAGAUGAUAGGUGACAAAAUGAGGGCCGUCAGUGUCUCAGACCCAAAUUUGAAUCCUUCUGGUCAAUUUCAUCACAGGGAUUAUGAUUCUAUGAACUCAACCACCGCCAAAUCUUCAUCCCGUAAGGAGGAGGAAGAUAAUCACAGCACGGAUGUUUCAUCAACCACCUGUGGCACCCCAGUAGAAGGCAGAAGGCCAGUGUUUUACAUUGUGGACUGCACGGAGACUGACUGUUCCAUAACAUUGGAUUACUCCGAAGAGGGUGAGCAGCCGAUAAUGACAAAUGAUGACAAGGUGGAUGCUCCUGAGAGCAUGGAUACAGAGGCUAUAGAUUCCAGUAACACGAAAGAUCAAAUUUCCCCAUCAGAAUCAAGCAAUGUUCCCUCUGUCACCCAAUCCAAUGCAGAGGACCAGAGAGACUCGAGGACCUCAAAAUCAGGUAAUGUGGAUAGGAAGGAUAAUGCAAUGAAGAAAGUGAGUAAGGAGAAGUCAUCGUCAAAAGGCCAUGGAUCUCACCCUGCUGCUGGCACAAGACCUGUAAGGACGCUGAACCCUUCCGAAAGCCAGAACAUGCGAAAAGUAGUGCCCAUCUCCAAGGCAAGCCGUCAAGCAACCAGUACAAAAAGAACAGAACGUUUAUCUGUUAGGGAGAGCAGCAACGCUGAGAUGAGACGCCCCCACCGAGAAAAGAGUAAUUUGUCAGCAAAGGCUGACCACACUCCUAGGCCCCCUCGGCGUGCAAGUCUUCCUGCAGAAAGUCUUAAGUUCCAUCGCGAAUCACCGGCACGUUCCUCCUCCAGGGUGAUCAAGGAGGUUACUCCACGUAAGAACUCAGUCAAAAAACCCAGUGCCAAGCCAGUACGAAACAUUCCCAAACCGGAGGAAAAAAUGUGUCGAGCCACAAUGAAGGCUCUGGCCCAAGACCAGGCUGCAUGUGAGGCCAGUAGAUCUCCAAAAAUGGACCAAUCUGCUAAUAAGUCUGCAACUUUCACGCCAAGGUUUGCAAGGAAUACAGUGGCCUCCUCCUCUCGACGUACCAAAAAGGAGUUGGCCCCUGAUUCGAAUCCCCCUACACCUUCCAAAAAGUCCACCCUAACAAGAACCGGCCCUCUGAGGCAGUCUGUUAGCAAGACCACUUCUGUGCAUCAAGAUGGAGAAAAGUCACCUCUUUUCUUGAGGAGGGUGCAGAGCAUGCGAGUUGGCAUAGGGGUUGAGCAGCGCAGUCAGACUCCUCCUCCUCCCAAACGGGAGCCUUCGCGGAAAGGGAGCAGCUUUUCGGAGCGAUCUUUAGUGCAAGGAAGAGAACUGAGUCGAACUCCACCCACACCUAAAACACAGAGGCCCAUGUGGAAAUAAAUAAGCAGAAAUUUCUUGAUUUUUUUUUUUUUUAUUUUAAUUUUGUAAAGUCGGAGAUCUGCCAUAACACUGAAAACACUUUCUCAAAUCAUUGCCUUAAAAGGGGGUACAUGGCAAGCUUUACGGUACACAGAUUUAUGAUUUUUUCUUCUAUUUUCCAAAAACUUUUUAACAUCUUUGGGAUGCUUUUAUGAUACUUCAUAUGACUCUGAAUUGAGGAGGCCAAAAAAAUACAGAAGCACUUGGUCAUUUUACAGAGCCUUACGCAGCAAAUGCCUUUGUCAUAUGUGAAAACCUUUACCAGUUCUACUAAACUUUAUGCAUGCUGCACGUGGACCCAAAGCAGGCCGUGUCUCCCGUUGCCUGUUUUCACGUUUCUAUUCAAAAUAUGCAACACUUUACAAAAAUUCUCAUACUGUUGCUUUCAAGGGUUCCUGUGACUUUAUGCUUAACGUUUGAAAUGAAAGCCUCACUUAUGUUAGUGCAACUCUUAUUUCUUGUUUUUUUUUGUGUUGCUGCUUCUUGUAAAGAGCUUUCUGUUUUGAAUGGUUUCAUGUAUUGGCUGGAAGAUCCAUUUUGUAAAUGCAAGCUUUUGGUGAAUUGUUUAAAGAAAAAAAUGGUCUAUUUGUA